AUGCUGAGCAUGGAGCACGAUUGCGAGCGCAAGUCGCUGCGUCCGCUUGCGCUUGCUUCCGUGGCUUUGGCUACGUCAAUCCAGUCCUAUAUGCAGAACGAAGUCGACUUUUGCAAGACUCGAUCUCGAGAGAUGUGGCGCGAGAUGGUGACAGUGCAGUUCUCGGCGACAGGAAAGGUCAACGAACGAGUUCGACGUGAGGCCUACGAGGCUCAUCCAGUUGAUAAUCGUUCCAAUCCAUCAUCUGCAGCAGGAUCAUGUUGCACAUGCCAGGUCGGCCCUCCCGGACCUCCAGGUCCACCAGGACGAGAUGGUCGCCCAGGUGCUCCAGGGAGACCAGGAAAUCCUGGACCUCCAGGAAGGGAUGGCGCACUUCUACCAGGACCACCCCCGAAACCUCCUUGCCAGAAGUGUCCGCCAGGGCCUCCGGGUCCACCAGGCCCACCAGGCCCGAAAGGUCUGCCAGGACCACAAGGAGACCCGGGCACUCCCGGACAUGAUGGUAUCCCUGGUCUACCCGGGCCACCUGGUCCUCCAGGACCACAAGGACCUCCUGGGGUUCCUGGCGAGAAAGGUCCUCCAGGAGAGCCCGGAAAAGUCAUCAAUGGUGCCCCACCGGGACCACCAGGCCCACCAGGACCUCCGGGACCACAAGGCCCACCAGGACCACCAGGAAAAGACGGACAAGCUGGACGACCAGGACCUCCUGGCCCACCCGGAGAUCCUGGAGAGAAGGGAGCCGAUGGACUACCCGGUCCUCAUGGACCUCCCGGACCACGCGGUCCUCCAGGACAGCCAGGAUCCUGCGAUCACUGCCCUCCUCCACGAACAGGACCAGGUUAUGGAAGGCUAUGA